AUGCAAAACCUAGAUUUUAACUUGCUACAACAGACUGCUCAGCCCCAAAAUCAAGAUGAGCAAGAUUGGGUAGGAGUGGAGGACGAAGAAGGUAGUGAGGUUGAUGAUGAGCAAAAUCAGGAGCUCACAAUUCUUACGUCGUCUGCCGCAGCACCUCUACGUACAGCUAGAAUCCAGCAAGCUCAAGUCCUUCCUGAGUAUCCGCAAACACUACCUAGAGGGUAUACAUAUUGUGUUAGUACAGAUAAGAGGGAUAUUAAGGAGGUGCUUCAAGAAGCAUUAGCAUUUCAAUACUGCCGCAAGAAUAAAGCGAAGAAGAAAGGCACUACUUGCCUCUACCUCGGCGGCCAGGCUUUGCGGUGGAAAUACCAAUGCACUGGGGCAAAGUAUUGUCAAUACCUUGAAAACAGCUUACGAACACGUUCACAUUGUCAUGCAAGCGCACAACUCUGGGAGGAGCUUCGUCAAUAUCGACGAACUCCUCUUAGAGAAGAGACUAAUAAGAAGAAGAGACACUCUCUAGGUCUGUAUCUUACGGUGCAGCCCAAUUUUACGCCAAACAAGCUUCCCUCUGCUCAGAAUGGCGGCAGCAGACGCAACGCACUGAGGACCAUUUCUUUAGAAGGAUUACAGAGAAGCAUGAUCAUGAACACCUUCAGAAGCUGUUUAGAGAGGGUUUUGAACAUGUCCCAGAGACUACAGAAACUUGCUGUACUGUUGAACCAAAUACGUCGCGAUUACCAAAACGUUAACCACCCGCAAGGCCACGCCCACUUCCUACAGUGGACGUGUCCUGUUGAGUUUGAUAUCAUCAUCCCAUUACAUUUAGAACGUAUUCCGUUCUUCCUCUUCUGCUCUCAUGGCGAGCAUACGCAUCUACCUCCUCCUCCCCAUCGCCCCCCUGAAGAAAUUAUACAAGGAAUUACCAAAUUAAUCCAGAGAGAGAGGGAUCCAACAGUUACACAAGCCCAGUUUCUCAGUUCCCCUGCCCUUAAGGAGUUCUGCCGUCAAAAUAACGCUGUCUCUCUCAUCCAAAUCCAUCAAUCUUUUGCUAAUAUGGAUCGGAUCACACGGAUCCUUUGGAGAGAGCGCCUGGCUAUGUUCCCUGCAGGGCAGCAUGUACAGGGUGUUAUUGUAGAGCAUAUGACAAAGCACCAGAACCCUGAGCGUGCCUAUAUCCGAGAAAUUUUUGUUGAGGAUGAGCAAGCUGAGGUCUUUGCCUCCCUAAAGACAUUCCAAUGUGAUAUGUCAUUCAAGAGGACCUUUAAGAACGGGUUUCGUGAGAUUACCUUUGCAUUCUUUAACGAAUCACAUGGCAAGCUUUUUACUCUUGCGCGCAUCUUUGUCAAUAGCGACAGUCCACAGAUGUAUAUGCGGUGCUUUCAGAGACUAUUUACAUUACUUUCUGAACGUACUGGGAAGAAUCUUAACUGCUGGCGACACCUCCAUAAUGAGGGGUUUGAUGGAAUGACAGUUGAUAUGGACUGGAAGCGGAUGGAAGGCUUUGGAUUGUACCUAACAGAACUGGAUACAAGUCGACGUCCCUGGGACUGGCAGCUACAGAAUUGUAUUCGGUUCUGUGUUGUACACUUUAAGCGGAGUAUUACCCAAGCAACACCAGGCUCAGAACGCCAUCAGGACAGUGUCUGCACCCGUAUGCAAGCUCUUCUUACUUGUGAGAGCAUGGAAGACUAUCAUACGCUUGGUAAUCUGCUUCGAGCUCAAGAGAGCGCACCUAUUGCUAACUGGGCAGCUCACAAGUUGAUCCCUGUUAUAGCAGCUGGUUUAAACCAACAUUGCUCAUUAAUUCCAAAAGAUGUUUGGAAUACAAUGUCACCAAAUUCAAACGCAGCAGAACAGGCUGCAGAGAAGUCAUACUCCUACGGGAAAGGGCUUCCAGUACUUUCUGCAGUCCUCAGUGGAAUGAAGCUUGACCAGAGAGAUAUCGACCAACUAGGAGCAAGAGAGGACGACCUCCAGCAGAGCCUCAUCUCUAGUCCCUACAAACGAGUUACUAAGGCGUUCAAACUCAUCUGGUACUAUACGGGGCCGUUCAAGGUCGACAGCAUCACGAUCACGAUCACGAUCACACUCGCCAUCAGUAGCUCAGUGUCCAAGGAACUCAAGUCCUGUCACUGCUACUAG